ACAUCCGGCAAAGCCUAACCCACAAACCGUGUCAUCUCCGACGCGUGCCUAAAACACGCACUAAAAAUAAAUAAAGAGCGGGUUCAAACAAUGAACGCUUUGACCGCCGCCACCUGCCUGCUUGUCGCCGUUUUCAGCUACCUCUACGGCAGCGAUGUGUUAUCGCUGCUCCGUGUCUCUCUUGCAGACCCCUCCAUGCCCGAGCCGGGAGCUGCUCCGCGGCGGAGCCCGCAGGGAGUCCCCUACACCGACCUGAAGCACAUCGUGAACGCCGACGGACUGCACCUGUUCUGCCGCUACUGGGAGCCCGCCGGCCCGCCAAGGGCUCUUGUGUUAAUUGUCCAUGGGGCCGGGGAGCAUUCUGGACCGUAUGAAGAGAUUGCGCAGAGACUGAAGGAAUUGUCCCUGAUGGUAUUUGCACAUGAUCACGUUGGCCAUGGUCAGAGUGAAGGAGAAAGGAUGAACAUCAAAGAUUUCCAGAUUUACAUCAGAGACUCCCUUCAGCAUGUUGACCUGAUGAAGUCCAGCCACCCAGAUCUCCCUGUCUUCAUCGUGGGUCACUCCAUGGGGGGUGCAAUCUCUAUCCUGACAGCCUGUGAGAGGCCCAAUGAUUUUGCUGGAGUGGUUCUGAUAGCUCCGAUGGUCCAGAUGAACCCAGAGUCAGCCACACCAUUCAAGGUUUUUAUGGCGAAGGUCCUGAACCAAGUGUUGCCCAGUCUCAGCCUCGGCUCCAUCGAGUCCAAAUGGGUGUCACGGGACAAGAAGCAGGUGGAGGCAUAUGAUAAUGAUGAGCUGAAUUUCCACGGUGGCAUGCGGGUGUCGUUCGGCAUGCAGCUGAUGGGAGCAGCAGCUCGCAUCGAGAAGGAGAUCUCGUCCAUAAGCUGGCCCUUCCUGCUCCUGCACGGCGACGCUGACAGGCUCUGUGACAUCAGAGGCUCUAAAAUGAUGCACGAGAACGCUCCCAGCUCAGACAAGAAAAUUAAGGUCUACGAGGGAGGCUACCACGCCCUGCACCACGACCUCCCAGAGGUGGCCGAGUCCGUGCUGAAGGAGGUGACCGGCUGGAUCACAGAACACCUCCCCGCUAUGACGUCGCCCCAACCGCAAUCCUAGAAUUGUGAAAACCGGGUCAACACUCCAAGGCGACUGCCAACCUCGUCUCAAGAGGCCUGCUCACCUUCCAGCAGUCUGUCAGGCAUAACAAAACUACUACUACACUCUCUGGGUCUGGGAAAUAAGUUUGGGUUUAUAGACUGACAUUAUUUUCUCAGUUUAACAAGUUAACUGACUUUAUCCUCUUGGCAAGUUACACUGAUUUUAAUUGGAUGAUGGGGUCAUAAACCACUUUUUAUUGUAGAUAUUAAGAAGCAGUGGUCAGUUUUCCUGCUCAACAUAUGAUCAGGGAUGUGUUUCACAUAUUGUGGGCGGUAGGUUUAUAUGGUUGCAAUUUCAUCAUCUUUUUCCUGAGGUGCAGCUCGAGUUUAAGAUAUAGCAUGCUGGGGAUUCAAGUGCAAUAAUAAUGAAGUUUCCUCGAUAUCUAUACACACAAGCCGGAUAUUUUUAAGGAGUAAUUACAACCGUAAUGUCAUACAUUGUUCAUCUGCACCAGCACAUUUGCUUUUAGCUCAUCCACCUUUCCCAGAUAGGUCAUAGCAUCCCUAGAGCUCAGUAGCCAGGUCCUCACACUGCUUCACUGUCUUCACAGUGUCAGCAGAUGUGUGUUAGACAAAAUCAGUGAAAACAAUACAGCUUUUCAGCUAGAGGUUUUUUUAGUGCUUUCUUGGAAGCAGUUCCCAUUCCUGGUUCAGACUUGGUGGCUCAGGACUAUCUGUCAUCUUCUUAGAAAGCAUCCACAAACUCUCUCUGCCUCCUCCUCUAUUGCACUGCUUUACAAAUUACCUGAAAUACCACUUUUUACCCUUGUAAAGACAGUCAGAAACAUAUAAUGUAAGCACACGUGACUGUGUGUAUAUAUAACAGAUCCUCUCUUCUCCAGACUUCCUCUGCAUGUCCCUUUUCUUUGGCCCAUAGAGUACAUGAUACAUUACAUAUGAAGAUUGGUGCAAUCCAUCCAAAUCCUGUGGCCUUAAGUCAACAUUUAAAUCUAGUCAUAAUAAUUAUUUGUUAUUACAGCCAAACAAUUACUUUACCAUGAAAUCCAUUUACUGACUGAGUGGUCAAUAGAGAACCCCAUUAAUGAAUUAGCGUUUCAGCACCUUCAGCUCCCUCGUCUCAAAGUCAAUGGAUUUUUUGAAUUGAUUUUUGGUUAGAGGCCUUAAAAUAAGGUCUG